GAGACCACAUAUGCUUCACUCAGUUCAAUACAAUUGCCUUUACCAGACAGACACCCAGUACUAGUACCGUCGCAAAAAUAGAAAUGGAGGCUGCAACACUGCCGUUGCUCAGCCUGGUCGUCUUCUUGCUCGUGAAGCUCGUCGUAAAGAUCUCCACGUCGUCGUCUUCACCGCGCCCAGUAAAGCGUCUGCCUCCGGGGCCAUGGAAGCUGCCGCUGGUGGGCAGCCUCCACCACGUCCUGCUCUCCCGCUACGGCGACCUGCCACACCGCGCCCUGCGCGAGCUCUCCCGCGCCCACGGCCCGCUGAUGCUGCUCCGGUUCGGCGCCGUGCCGACGCUGGUGGUGUCCUCCCCGGAGGCCGCCAGGGAGGUCCUGAAGACGCACGACACGUCCUUCGCGAGCCGCCACGUGUCGCCGACGCUGGCCGUGUUCAGCCGCGGCGGGAAUGACAUCCUCUUCUCCCCCUACGGCGACCUGUGGCGGCAGCUCCGCAAGGUGUGCGUGCUCGAGCUCCUCAGCGCGCGCCGCGUCGGCUCCUUCCGCGGCAUCCGCGAGGACGAGGCCGCGGGCUUAAUCCGCUCCCUCGCCGCCGAGUGCAGCGCCUCGGGCCAAGGCUCCGCGGUGUUGGGGAUCGGCGAGCGGAUCUCCCGGGCGACCAACGACACCGUGGUGCGGUCCGCCGUGGGGAGCCGGUGCCCGCGGCGCGACGAAUUUCUAAAGGAGCUCGACAAGUCCGUGAAGCUGGCCGCGGGGUUCAACCUGGCCGACCUGUACCCGGCCUCGAGGGUCGCGCGCUGGCUCAGCGGCGCGCUACACGAGGCCGAGCGCUGCAACGGCGUCGUCCGCGGCAUCCUCCAGGACAUCAUCCGCGAACGCACGGCCGCAGAUCAAGACGGCGUUAUUGAGGGCGAGGAGGACGAUCUGCUGGGCGUGCUGCUCAGGCUGCAGAGGGACGGCGGCGACCAGUGCCUCCUCACCACCGAGGUCAUCACCACCGUCGUCAUGGAAAUCUUUGCGGCGGGGAGCGAGACCUCGUCAACGACGCUGGAAUGGGCCAUGUCGGAGCUGAUCAGGAACCCGCGGGUGCUCCGCAAGGCGCAGGCGGAGGUCCGGGAUGCCUGCAAAGGGCAGGGGAAGCUGAGCGAGGGCGACGUGGGCAGGCUGAGCUACCUGAGCCUGGUGAUCAGGGAGACGCUGCGGCUGCACGCGCCGGUGCCGUUCCUGCUGCCCAGGCAGUGCCGGGAGCGGUGCGAGGUGAUGGGCCGCGAGAUCCCCGAGGGCACCAAGGUGCUCGUCAACACCUGGGCCAUGUGCAGGGACGCCGCCUACUGGGAGAAAGCCGAGGAGUUCGUGCCGGAGAGGUUCGAGGAGAGCAAGGUGGACUUUAAGGGCGGGGACUUCGAGUUCAUCCCCUUCGGCGCCGGUAGGAGGAUCUGCCCCGGCAUGACGCUGGGCCUGGCUAACAUGGAGCUCUUGCUCGCCAGCCUUCUCUACCACUUCGACUGGGAGCUCCCCGACGGCGGGACGCUCGACAUGUCCGAGGCCUUCGGCAUCACCAUCCGGAGGAAGUCCAAGCUCGUGCUCCGCGCCACGGAACGUGUUCCGUUCGCGAAUUAGCAUCGUGCAUUCGAGCCGCGCGCGACGGACCUGCGCGCAACGCCUAUAUAUAGACGCUGUAAUUGUCAAGAAAUGCACACUGUUCUCUGCAUAACAGGGUGAAAACAUAAGUUAUCUUGGAAUGUUUCUACUUCAUAUUGUCCUGUCAAAAUUAACGAAAUGUAUUAUCAGAUCGCCUCUGUUUUGUGAUAAGAUGGUAACGCCUAGCCU